CUGUUAACAAGGCUAACGUCGCCACCUCGAACAGCGAGGUCUGCCAACUAUAUAACGAAGCCGUCACGUCAAACGGAAGACGAAGAAUCCGACACUGAGACCGCGUCUACCAAACCCACCAGACAGAAAGGCUAUCUCAGUCAUCGGGAAACGCCUCAAAUGCCUCCAUCCACAAACGACGCCCCUGGUCGAGUGCCUACCUCGGACUCGAGCGCCAACCGCGCACGCCCGGAGCCACCGCCGUCCCCCUUGCUGAAGGACGAUGACGAGACCUUCGGUGAUACUAAGUGGCCCAACAUCAAGCACUUCCUGUCUUCUCACCCUGACGACUCCAAUGAGGUCACCGAAGAGUCCAUGAAGAAGAUCGAGGAGGAGGUGAGGGAGCUCGUGAAAGCAAUGGAAAAUGGUCGGCGCGCUACACCACCUCGAGAAUCACAAGAGGAUACAUCGGAAGGACACGUAGAAGGAGGAUCGGUAGAAAGGUGGGCGCAAAGGAUAUCUUCGCUGCGACGCUACAGAAGAGCUUCGACCGAAGUACAAAAGGCCAAGGAAGUCGUGCAGCACAAGGCGCCACCAAAGGCCGCGAGAACCAAGGAAAACUUGCAGCCGAUGCAACGCCACCGGUCGCGCAAGGGCAGCGAGCCGGCAACUUCGAACGUUGGCGAUGAUGGCGAGGAAUCCAUGAGCGACAACCCAAAGAUACGGAACUAUGCUCGCACGCAUGAAAACGCUUUCUUCGGCAUGGGGACGCUCGCGUACGAGAAGAUCUGGCCGGCGUUCCCGCCACCGAUGAGAUGGUCGGACAAAGAGGGAUGGACUAAGGGCGGGCAUGGGUGAAAUUGCGAAGGACUAUCGACAUGAUGAUAUUCAAAGACGGCAAAGGUGGCGGCGGAUUGAUAGAGUGCAGUGCCUGGUUGUAUUAGAGUUUCAGCAGAGCCGACGCUAGCGG